AGUCAUAAGUAAGUCCCCUGAUGAAUCCACAUUUUCUAAAUUUUAACUGAAUAAUUUGAAGAAGAAAACAUAUAUCAUUAUGCCAGUCCAUUGGAAAUAUAUACUGUCCAUAAACCCUGAAGAACUUAACGAUGAAGAAAAAGACGAGUUGUUUAAUACAGUAGCAUGGUUUGAUUCCGACAAAGAAGAACCAGAUUUGGUUCAGACCAAGGUAUUGUUGAGAAUAAGUCAGGAGAUCCUUAAAUACAAAGGGGAACAGGUUGAAACUUUGUUGCACGAACUUGAUGAAAUUGCCAUAAAACAAGGAGAAGAGGAGGCUAGAAAAUUUGAAUCAGACGUGGAAUUGAGGAGUGCUAGGUCUAGAAAAUCCAGCACAGUAGAAAUAGAAAAUUUAGAACAAAAAUAUAACGAAAUGAAGACUAAAUAUAAAAAGCAACAGAGAAUUAAUCAAAAAAAUUUGGAGGAAAUAGAAGUGCUAACAAAGAACAUGAAAUCUCUCGAACUCGAAAAACGCCAAUUGGAACACGAUCUGGCCAGUAAGAUGGACGGCAGCGAAUCUUCGGAAAUGUCCGAUACUGUCAAGGAUCAGCACAAAGAACUGAUAGAAACGGUCCAUAAUAAAAACAAGCAGUUAUCCGAUCUACUGCACGAUAUAGAGGAGGUGGAGAAAGAGAACAUCCUGUUGAGAGAAAAGUUGGCACACGUAAGGGACGAACUUGCUGUUGCUACAUCUGAAAUUCAAAGCCAAACGGACAAGCUGUCUGCCUUUGACAUUCAGUUGAGAGACUCAAAUGAAUCCAUCAAGAAACUAACAAUCGACAACGAACUGCUCCAAGAAGAUAUACAAGAACUGAGCGACCAAAAGACUAAACAGGAGGAACGUAUGGCAGAGUUUACUGAAGAAAUAAACAAACGUAUAGAGGAUUGGCAGAAAGUGCUGGAGGAAAAAGACGACGAAAUCAGAGAUCUGAAAUCCAGGACCACAGAAAUCGGUAGAAGCUCUUCUUCUUCGUCUAUGCUGAAACAGGAUCAACCACACCUAGCUGCCUUACAGAAACUGCUAUCUGAACGUGACUCACAACUGAUGGAGGUUCAGAGCAAGCUGGAAGUUGCUGUGCAUGAGAUGGAGGCUUCCACAGACGUGAUAGAGGAAUUGAAGAGAGAGAAGGAAGAGAAGAAUAAGACCAUAGCGGAAUUGAACGCCAUGAGGAAGGAGCUGAAGAAGCAGCUGAAGGUCACUCACGAGAGAGCGCAGAAACUGCAGGAAGAGGUCGACUAUGCAGAGAAGAUCACCGAAGAGAAGAGCUUGGAGCUUCAGAAUAUAAUCAGCCACCUUGAGAACUCAGACCGUUUGGACGAUGCCCAGGCGCUGAAGGAACUGAGGGACUUGAGAGCCCAGAACAGAAUGAACGAAAAACAAAUUAUGAGUUUGGUCAAGAACGUGAACAAGUUGCAGGACACCUGUGAUCAGAUGAUGCGAGAAAACUCAUUUUUGAGAGAAAAGAUGGGCAUACCAGAGGAAGAUUCGUUGACGCUGCCGAACUAUCAGAGCAAGCACAAGCAGUACAAGAAGGAGCUGUUGCGGUUGAAGAAGAAAGUUUUGCAUUUCGAAGAGGAGAACAUAAAUCUUCGGACAGAGGUUAAGAAUUUGAACCGUAUCAAUUAUAUGCUCAGAGAAGAUAUUUCUGAAGGGGAUAGGAGAGGAGAACAGAAACAGGAUUCGAAAACCGAUGUGAGAACACGAGAAACUGAAACCGGCGUUUCCUUGGAUGAACCUGAUGAGGUUGCCGGCGCAGACCUUUCCUUGAGCCUCGGAGAGAUCAUCGCCGAACAGGAUAAAAACUCGAAAGAUGAUGGAAUGGUGGAAGAACAGAUUAAAGCUUUAUGCGAAGAGAAUGAGGCUCUUCGGAAAGGGAUGCACGAAAUUUUGAACUCUCUGAAUUCGAAAAAAGAAAGUUCCCUGAAGGAGAUCAAAUCGGAGACCUUCGAAAAGCUUUUGAGAGCUCUGGAUGUAAAACAUAUUUCUGGAUGGUAUCAUCCUGCAAUGAGAUUACAGGCAGAGGUUCAUAAUGUAGAAGGAAUCAAUCAAGAACUACGUGAGCAGCUCCGAAUAUGCAGAUUGGAACUGGAAGAGGUGAGAAAUGAAAAGCAAGAGAGCCUAAUCCUCCUAAGUAAAAGGUCUUCCGUAUCCAGCCCUAGACAUUUGGCCCAAUCGAGCACCUUAAAAGAUAUGAGGACUUUGGAAAGCUUGAACGAAAAUGUAGAUCAACUUCUUGAGAGAUCUUCAUUAGACGCGAAGGUCUGCGAAGAAAUAGCCACCAAGAUGAACGAUUUCAACGAGGAUUUCGCCGCCCUAGAGAAACAGCUAGAAAACCUUUACGAGCAGUCUAUGCAGGAGAAAAAGACAUACGAAGACACGAUAGCCAAAUUGGAAAAGAAAAACUCUCAACUAGAGCGUCAGAUACAAACGCUGGACGAACAGUUGAAGAUCUUCAUGGAGGAUAUUGAUGUAGAAGAUACCACCAAGAAGAUAGCGGAACUGACUGGUAAGAACGUGGAGGCCGAACUUAAGAGAGACUACUUGGAGGAGGAAUGCAAUAAGUUGCAGGAAAAGGUUGAGGGAUUGAAGAAGGAUCUCUUGGAAGCCGAAUUCAAGUGCUCGAAGACGUUGUUGGAGGUCACAAGGAACGAUAAGACUCUGAGGAAUAAGAUCAGGUCGAUGGAGAGUAGAAUUGAAACGACUAUCAGCUUGGAGGACCAUCAGAAGUUGAAGAAGAACCUGGAGAAUUUGACAGUAAAGUAUAGAGAGUUGACUGAAGAUUAUAAGAAGUUGGGUGAGAACCACCAGAUGGAGAUGGAUUUGAUCCAAAGAUCCAAGCAGAUGACAGAGGAGGAGAAGCAGGAACUGAAGGACAGAUUGAGCGAGUGCUUGAGCAAGUUGAAAGCGAGCGUUUCGGAGGAAGCCGUCGACGAGAAGUUGCAGAACCUAUCGAAGCAACUGUCGGAGUGUGAAGUGAACAUGAUAGGAGAGAAGCAGAGGGCUAACCACAUCAACAACUUGUACGAGCUGGUUAAGGAACAGCUCAACAAAUCGGAGGAGAGGUUCAAGGAGUACGAGAACCACACCAAGGACAUCAUGCACAAGAAUCUGGCGCUCCAGGGACAACUGAAGGAGGUGGAGGACAAGAUGUGCGAAUGCGUGCAGGUAGAGUUGUAUAACGCGUCGAAGGAGGAUUAUCAGAAGGUGUUGGAGAGGGAGAAUGAACUUUUGGAAUUGAUUGCUAAACUCCAGGAAGAGAGGAAUGCGUCCGAGAUGAACCAAAAGUCUGUUGCCAUCUGGACCUCCAGCAAAGAAGAAGAACUCCUCUCCCUCAAGCACCAGGUGGUGGAUCUUUUAUCGGUUUCCGACGAUAAAGCUGUUAUAGCCAGAAUGGGUUCAGACCUGAUGCAAACCAGAAUGAGAGAGGAAGAGUUGAAAAAGAAAUGCGAAGUUCUUUCGGUACAGUUGGAGCAAUGUCAUGACGAGUGGUUGGAUUCAUUGAGGGUGAUGGACGAGGAGAAGGAGAAGUUCGAUAUGAAGGAGAAGUAUCUGCAGAAGAAGAAUAGGAUAAUUCGGGACCUAUUGGAGAACCAGAAACUUCAAUAUUACGGCUGUAUUCCACUGACGUCCGAACAGAGAUUCAUCGAAAAUAUCAGACUGACCUUGGAGAACAAUCAUGCAUCCUUCCUUAGUUUGUACAAGGCUCAGAACGUGGAAAACGAUAGUUUGGCCCUGAAAGAACAAGCGGAGGUCGAACUGAGACACUAUAUGGAUGCUAAGGAGAUCAUGGGACAAAACGAGGAGGAAGUGCAGAAGCUGUUGAAUUGGCUUCAGGAGAAGAAGCACGUCGAGCUUGAGUUGAUCCGAUACAGACGCCAAGCCGACUUCAAAGAGCUCCAACUCCAACAGUGCAACGCUCGAAUAGAGAUCCAGAACGAGCAGAUCGCCAAACUCGAGGAAGACCUAUUCCUGUCUUUCAAAGAUCCAGACUCCGUCGGCAUUGUCUCUUCCUUCAUCCAGCCCAAGCUCCAUCCGGAACCCGUACCGGAGAUUUCCGAGAAGCACGUGAAGCUCACCAGGUCCCAAGACGUCCAGACCGAGAUGGUGGAGGUCGACGGGACGGACAACGAUGCCAAACGCCUGGAGAAUCUCAAGACCGAGCUGCUGAACAUGAAGAACGAGCUGUUGGCGAAGGAGGAGGCCAUACAGCAGCUGAAGACGAAGCUCAACGAGUGCGAGAUGACCGUCAGCCUCUUCAGGUCGCAGAUAGGAGACAAGCAGGCGCAGAUCAACUUUUACGAGAAGCACAUCUUGGAAUUGCAGGCGUCGAUGAAGGAGGAGAACGGGCUGCAGAAGGGUCAGACUGACAGCGGUGGUGGGGGUGACGGAGCGUCCAAUGAGGCGCCGAACGAAGAGGUUAUGUCUCUCAAGGCAUCUAUCAAAGCCCUCCAAGAGGCGAUAGCGCUUAAAGACGAGUCUAUACUUCACUAUCAAUCCCUCAUCAAGGAAGACAGGGAUAAUCACAGUUUGGCUGCAGCCAGAAUGCAAGAAGAACUUAAGACGUUGAAAAAUACAGUGGCGGAAGAGAAGCAGAAACGUUUAGAGUUCGAAGAGCAGAAAGAAGAAGAAGCGUCCAGAAGUAAAGCAGCCGUGGAUCAGUACAUCAAACAGGUGCACGCGAUGGAACAGCACGCUGAUGAGCUGCAUACUCAGGUGUCCACGUUGGAGUCCCAGCUGGUCACCAGUAGGCAAGAAGCAGUGAGAUGGCGCUCUUUGGCCAACGACAGGUUGAAGGGUAUUGAAGAUUUGAGACAAAAUUUGGAGGAACAACACAAUGAGGAACUGGAAAUAUACAAAAAAGAUUCUGACAAGUGGCGACACGAAGUGCUCAGCCUCAAAGAUCUCAUCAACAAGCACAAGAAUGAGAUACUCCAAGUCCAACCAGACCUUCAAAAUUUACUUAAAUCCAAAGAUGAGAAGAUCAAUGAACUCACAUCAUUAGUACGGCAAUUGAGGGAAAAAGUGCAUAUUGAAACGCAGAAUGACAUUUACAACAAACUGACCGAAUUCGAGAAGGCUUACGAGCAGUUGUCCAAGGAGCACGAGAUCCUCAAGAAGAAAUUCGAUUCUAUGCUCCAGAAGGAAAGGAAUGCCAGAGAGGAGAUUCGGGAUCUUAGGGGACAGCUUCUCAAAACGAAGAGGACUCCUUCGUCUGCAAGGAGCGAGAAGAGCGACAAGUCCAUCAAGGACCAGCUCCAGAAGAAGAUCUCUACACUGGAAGACGAGGUGGCGCGACUCAAGGAGGAGUUGGCCACCCAGGUCGCAGUUAACGAGACCCACAAGGUGAAGGCUGCCGAAGACUUCGACCGUUGGAAGAAGCAGAAGCAGAGCCAGCAGACGAUCGACAAGCUGAAGUCGAAACUGAAGGAGAGAGAUGGGGAGUUUGAGAAGAUCCAGCACACUUGCAAUGGCUACAGAUCUCUCAUUGAAAGAUUAGAGAGGGAAAAACACAGUUUGGAGAACAGGGUGAAAGCCUUGAAAACAAACGUGAACAUUUAUGGAUUCGAGAACGCUCAGCAGAAUGAUACGGCUGCUGUGGAAAACGCCAGGCUGUUGUCGGAAAUUGAAGAGCUUAAAGCCAAGUUGGAGAUGCAACAACGACAUGCCGGUGGAUUGGGAGCGGCCAUGAUGCAGGAGAAGCUGGAGGCUCAGGAGAGGAAAUUGGCUAUCAUGGAAUUAUCAGGGAAAGGAACUCCGGAGAUUCGUGGAGAAUUAGAAAGGCUUCAGAGUACCAUUUCAAAUCUCCAAAAAUCGAACCUCUUCUUGGAAGCCCAAAAUAUUGAGCUGAAGAUGGACUUGGACAAAUCCCAGAAAGACUUUUCCAGGUUCAAAGAGCAAAUUCAACAUCUCGAGAAUUACAUCGAAGUAUUGAAAAAAGAGAAAAGUCAAGUACCCUCCCACACUUCAGGAGGCUCUCAAACAGGCCAGUCUUCACAAGAAUCUCGUAGGGUUAGCGAACUGGAGAGAACAGUUCUGGUUCUCAAGAGGGUUGUAGAAAAAUUACAAACGGAAAAUAAACGUCUUCUAAGUGGCAAACGGCCUCUAGCGGAUCGUACACUUUCAGGCGAUAAGCUACGUAAGGACUUCAAUUCCUUGAAAGACCAAUACAAUGAAAGUGUCCACAAAAUUUCCGAGUUAGAAUCAGUUUUGAAUGCUACCAAAUCCAAGCUGAAAGCAUAUGAAGAUGGCAAGUAUAACACCGAAGAUUUUCUUGCUCUUUCCACUGAAUUGAAUAGAGUUAGAGGACAGCUCGAUCAGAAAUCACAGCUCUUGGAUAAAGUGAAGACUUUGCUGCACACUGCUGCCGCCAAGGAAAAGGUUCUUCUCAAAGAGAUUUCAGAUUUGAAAAUGAAGUUAUAUCGAGGAGAUCCCAACCUAGCCCAACCUUCUACUAGUUAUGGAUGAAAGUGUUUAUCCGUUAAUGUGAUUUUUAUUUUUGUAAACUUGAAUGUAUUACUAUUUUAAGAAUUAAAGUGAAAAAAUGUU